GAGAAAUGAACGGCUCGGAUCAAUGGAAGUUCAAAUUAAAUUCGAGUUAUCGGCAUCAAAAUGAACAGCCAAAUCAACCGCCUGACGGUCUUUGUAAUGCGGUCUGCACCAUAGAAUUUCCAAACUCGUUUUGCUUACUCGUUUUGUUGCUUACCAUAUAACAUACCUUCACCAAAUAGUCAAAGGAUACUUCCAGCUUCUUUCUAAUCUAAACAGUAUUUUUUCAUCACUUUUCUUGAUUGGGUUUGGUUUGCUUUCUUCAAAAGUCAAAAGGGUACCGAUUUAGUUGGAUUGAGAAAUCCGAUGGGUUCAUCAUCAAGAAGAUCUCUGGAGCUCAAACUGAUGGGCUGCAAAGGUUUGCAGGCAUUCAAUUUCUUCCAGAAACUGAAAGUCUUCGCGGUUGUAUCCCUCACCAGCGACACUCCCGGCAACAAGCACCACCACCCUCUCCAGCAGCAGCAGCAGAGAACCAAAACGGAUGCGGAGGGAGACAAGGAUCCCGAGUGGAACCACGAGAUGCGGUUCGAUCUCGACGCGGUCGGCCGCGAGGACUGCGACCACCUCUACCUGCACAUCGACCUGCGCUACGAGUUCUUCGGAGAUAAAUCUCUCGGGGAAGUGCGCGUUCCGCUCACGGAUCUGGUUUGUGAUAGUGCUACUGGCCUUGGCGAGCACGGCGAGAACUGCGGCGUGGCUCGGUUCGUGAGCUAUGAGGUGCGCACUCAUGAGAAGAAGCCUAACGGAGUCAUCACUUUCUCUUACAAGGUUGUGAACCCACUUCAUGGUGUUGGUGGUUCUGCUACUGCUGCCGCUACCGCCACCACCACCGCCACGACUACCACUACUUAUGGCUAUAUCGAUGGUUAUACUGUCGUUACUCCUGUCGACGACCACCACCACCACCACCAUAGUAAUCAUGAUCAGAAUACUACUGCUGCUGCUGCUUCCGGUUAUAGUACUGUUAAUCAUGUCAACGGUGACCUCCUCCACCAGCAGCAACAGCAAAACCAAAACCAACACCACCACCACCAUCACCAAAGUGAUCAUGAUCAUGAUCAGCACUUGCAAAGUCCUUAUGGGCGGGCGGAUCAAGAAUUUUCUUACCACUACUCGGCCGUCGAAUCAACCGCGUAUGGAAUUCACUAUCCGUCCUUGGAACCGCCACCGUAUUUACCAAUGCCGGCGGGGGAAGGUUACAUGAGUUAUUCGCGGUUUGAUCAUCAUCAAUUUCAGUAUCCACCACCACCACCACCAUUUCAUCCACCUCCAGAGCUGACCCGGAUAUCGUCGCACCCAUUUCCACCACCUCAGCCACCACCCCCGGAGUUAACCCGGAUAUCGUCAGACCCAUUUCCACCACCACAACCACCACUUCAUCACCACCACCACCACCAUCAUCAUGCGGCGCAUGGAGCAGUUUACCCCCCACCCUCAACUGGGGAUCUAUAUGAACAAUCUUACGGUAUGUCUAGUAGCAUUUACUACAACGGGGAUGGAACACCCCGUUAUUGAACAAUUCGAGGCAUUCUUCACCACAUAUAGACAUACAAUUCAAAGCCUAGAACAGAAGCGAGGAGGACCACCACAAUGAUGGUGGCGGCGGCGCUGGUGGCGGUUGGUGCAUGUGUUAUGUUGUCAUGAAUGGUAGCUGAACGCGACCGCCCCCUUGUGAAUGGUAGUUGUCAUAUAACUUUUUUUGUUUGCUUUUAUUCCAACAGUAUGUAUGAAACCUUUUUGUUACAUCACUCCUACAGGCUUUCGUCUUAUUUUAUUUCUUACCACUUUGUAUUUACAUAUGGACAAGCCUCACUUUUGGCCGUGAGAAUUAAAGCCCCUUUCUCUUUC